UUCAUAACGCCGGCUAUAAAUGCGGCUGCGCGCCGACCGCACUUCAAUAUUUCUCUCCCAAAACCUCUCAGCUAUGUUCGGAUCCCACUUGGAAAGCUUGGUGCUGCUGCUGCUUGGCGCGCUCUCCCCCGGCUCGCUGGGCUCCCCGGUCCCGGGGCAGGAGCCGAUCCGCUGCGCCCCGUGCACCCCGGAGAGAUUGAGCCAGUGUCCGGCGGUGGAGCCCGGCUGCGCGGAGGUGCUGCGGGAGCCCGGUUGCAGAUGCUGCCUCGCCUGCGCCCUGAGAGCCGGGGACCUGUGCGGGAUCCACACGGCGCCGUGCGGCUCCGGACUGAGGUGCGCCCCGAGACCCGGCGACCCCCGGCCGCUGCACUCGCUCACUCGCGGACAAGGCGUGUGCGCCGAAGUCACCGAGCCCGAACCGACACCGGAACCUCAGACACAAGACCUGGGGGAACCGGAGACGGAGAACACGGCGGUCAUCUCGGACCCGGGGUUCGUUCACUUCCUCCCGGGCCACAACAGACCGUAUGACCCGCGGGCCGCAGCGGACGCGCAAGAAAGCAUGAAAGCCAAACUGAACGCGAUCCACAAAAAGCUGGUGGAACAGGGUCCCUGUCACGUCGAGCUUCAGCGAGCACUGGAGAGGAUCGGCCUGUCCCAACAGAAACUGGGGGACAAGUUGACCCGGUUCUACCUCCCCAACUGCGACAAGCACGGACUCUACAAACCCAAGCAGUGUGAGUCCUCGCUGGACGGACAGAGGGGUCGGUGCUGGUGCGUCCACUCCUGGAACGGCAAGAGGAUGUUGGGUUCCACCGACCUGGCACCCGAAGAAGAGUGUCCUUAGAGACCAGAAGAAGAAGUUGUGUGUUUAUUUAUUGUCCAUGGUGGUGUCUGAUUCAGGUACACUGUCGUCGUGGGACUGCAGGUCCGACUCCUCAAACUCCCGUCCCAAAGAGAGAGAAAUUUAUUUUUGUUUUGAAUGCAUUCACUUCGACUCUUCAGCCUUAUUUAUUCCAACGACUUUAUGUAAUUAUUUUAUUUAUAUCAGUUGUGUUGUUUAUGUUUUUAUUAUUGUUGUUUUUAUGCCUUGCGAUUUCUUUAAAUGUACUUCGGCGCGGACGAACUCCAUCGUCGGGGCCGCUCGGUUUGUGAGAGCCGGGGAAAGCACUGAGUGUACAAAUGUUUUCUCUUAUUUUUUUUUUCUUUAAAUAUUUAAUUUUUUUGAUCUGCCGACCGCGUGACACAUUGACCCGUGACGUCUGGACUCACUCUCAGAACUCAUCCCCCAUGAUUCCAUGGGGUUGCCGAUCGCCUCUUAGACGGGUAUUUGUACAUCGACCUACCUCCGAUAUUUAUCUGUCUGUUGUGCUUUGAGUUGUGAAAAAAAAAACAAACUCUGACCACAUGACCACCACUGGGACCGGUCCGCUGGGCUCGGUUCUACAGAACAUGCUGCUGUCGGAGAGAGCUCAAUGUUCCAAACUGCUUGUAUGUGCGCAUGUGUGUACACUUUUGUAACUAAGAUGUUAUGUAAAGAAAGAAGUGAUAUAUUUAAUAAAAACAUUAACCUCA